AUGUCGAGAAUCCUCAUCCUAGGAGCAACGGGAUAUCUAGGCAAGCACGUAGCCCACAGGCUCGUCCAGUCAGGCCAACACACAGUCUACGGCGUGGCACGUUCGCAGGAGAAAGCAGCCCAGCUCGCCCGACAGGAGAUAAUACCCGUUCUCUGCAGCAAUCCGGUCGAAGAUCCAGAGCCUUUCCUCCACAACGUGAUGCUUAUCGGUCAGGAACGGCAGAAGGAAUACGGGCGUCACGGCGUGAAAGGACCAAAGCUUGGCUUCAUCUACUGCUCCGGGACCUGGGUGCACGGCUCGUCUUCCCGAGCCGUUAACGACCUCUCCGUCGUAGAUCUGGCACCCUCACCUGCCCCGGAGCUAGUUGCCUGGCGUCGUGAUCUCGAAAAGCAGAUACUAAACGCGACCGAGGUGCUGGAUGUGAUGAUUCUCCGGCCCGCGUUGAUUUAUGGCAGGGAACUGACGAUCUGGUCGUCUUUUGUUACGCCGCUUCUCAACGCAGCGAGGGGUGGAGAGAAGACGUCGAUUGAGAUCCCUUUGGAGGCGGAUGCAAGGCCAGGUCUGGUACAUGUCGACGACGUAGCACGAGCCUUCCAGUGCGCUAUUGCGAAGCUCCCUUGCGUCUCCGGAACGGGUGUAUACCCUGUUUUUGACCUGGUCACGAGCCAGGAGGGCAUGCGCGAGAUCUUCGAAUCUAUGGCUGUAAGCCUGGGUUUCAAAGGGACGGUGACGCUGAAGGGUGCUGGCGGGGACAAGUUUGCUAAAGCAAUGAGUACGACGUUCCGGGGCUCUUCUGCGCGGGCUGAGCAACUUCUUGGCUGGAGGCCGAGAAGGUUAGGCGGGUUUGUCAAGCACAUGAAUGUUUAUGCGGCUGCGUUUGCGGCACAGUGA